CCCACCUCUGGUUACCGCAAGGGCCUGUGGGUCGGGUUAUGGUGGUUGCUUGCUUAGCGGUGUAGAGGUGUGAGUGGUCGCCUCCAUUCAUUGCCUGUCUCAAGCCCGGACAUGGAGGCUCUUAUCCCGGUUAUCAACAAACUACAGGAUGUCUUUAACACUGUGGGAGCCGACGUUAUUCAGCUGCCACAGAUUGUAGUGGUGGGGACACAGAGCAGCGGAAAGAGUUCUGUGCUGGAGAGCUUGGUGGGGCGAGACCUUCUUCCUCGCGGAACCGGUGUGGUCACAAGGCGACCCCUCAUCCUGCAGCUGGUUCACGUUUCUGCAGAUGACCACCGUAAACCUUCGGGAGAGGAAAAUGGAGUUGAUGCUCAAGAAUGGGGCAAAUUUCUUCACACCAAGAACAAGAUUUACACAGACUUUGAUGAAAUCAGACAAGAAAUUGAGAAUGAAACAGAUAGGAUUUCUGGAAAUAAUAAAGGUAUUAGUGCCGAACCAAUUCACCUAAAAAUAUUCUCUCCUAAUGUUGUUAAUUUGACACUUGUGGAUUUACCGGGAAUGACAAAGGUUCCAGUAGGCGACCAACCUAAGGACAUUGAAAUACAAAUCCGAGAAUUAAUUUUUCGGUACAUAAGCAAUCCCAAUUCCAUAAUUCUUGCGGUCACAGCUGCAAACACAGAUAUGGCGACAUCUGAAGCACUAAAAGUUGCGAGAGAAUGUGAUCCCGAUGGUCGCAGAACUCUUGCUGUAAUAACCAAGUUGGAUCUCAUGGAUGCUGGUACCGAUGCUAUGGACGUGCUCCUAGGGAGGGUGAUUCCGGUAAAACUUGGCAUCAUUGGAGUAGUUAACAGGAGUCAGCUGGACAUAAACAACAAGAAGAGUGUGGCUGAUUCCAUCCGUGAUGAGUACGCUUUCCUGCAAAAGAAGUACCCGUCACUAGCAAAUAGGAAUGGAACCAAAUAUCUGGCUCGGACGCUCAACAGGUUACUAAUGCACCACAUUAGAGACUGUCUGCCUGAUCUGAAAACCAGGAUAAAUGUCCUAGCGGCUCAGUAUCAGUCGCUGCUCAACAGUUACGGGGAACCAGUGGAAGACAAAAGUUCCACAUUGCUGCAGCUUAUUACCAAGUUUGCUACAGAAUAUUGUAACACCAUAGAAGGAACUGCAAAAUAUAUAGAAACUUCUGAGCUAUGUGGGGGAGCUCGUAUUUGUUAUAUUUUCCAUGAAACGUUUGGGCGGACGUUAGAAUCCGUAGAUCCGUUGGGUGGUCUGACCACAAUUGAUGUCCUAACCGCUAUUCGCAAUGCAACUGGUCCCAGACCAGCCUUGUUUGUCCCUGAGGUUUCCUUUGAGCUGCUGGUGAAGAGGCAGGUGAAGCGCUUGGAGGAGCCAAGUUUACGUUGUGUUGAGCUUGUUCACGAGGAGAUGCAGAGGAUCAUUCAGCACUGCAGUAAUUACAGCACUCAGGAGCUGCUGAGGUUUCCAAAGCUGCAUGAUGCCAUAGUGGAAGUUGUCACGUGUCUUCUACGGAAGCGACUGCCAGUAACUAAUGAGAUGGUGCACAAUUUAGUGGCCAUCGAGUUGGCGUACAUCAACACCAAGCACCCUGAUUUUGCAGAUGCCUGUGGCGUAAUGAACAACAAUAUAGAGGAGCAGAGAAGGAAUAGAUUAGCCAGAGACAUACCGCCAGCCUCUUCAUCUAGAGACAAGUGUGCCAAAAGCAGUAAUGCAUUUUCUGGUGAACCAUGUGAAGGACACAUUACAGAGUGAGCUUGUGGGUCAACUUUACAAAUCCAAUGUACUUGAAGAUCUUCUGACAGAGUCAGAGGACAUGGCCCAGCGUAGGAAUGAGGCAGCAGAUAUGUUAAAGGCACUGCAGAGAGCCAAUCAGAUUAUUGCUGAAAUCCGAGAGACGCACCUUUGGUGAGACCCUUCAUGCCAAUUCUGACGGAGGAUAAAUCAAAGAGCUUGAAAGCUAAUAUAGUGAUCGUCGCUCAGUGUAUACUUGGUAGAAUUUUAUUUAUAAAACCACAUGCAUUAUGUAUGGAAAGAAUGGAUGUUCAAGAGGGAAACCGCUGUAUUUAGGAAAUUGUUAUACAAUCCACACAAUAAAUAUUACGUCCAAUUGUUUCCCUGUGCUGAUUUCCUCAUUCAUGCAGACCAAGCUUUGUGAUAAUGGGGAAAAAAACUAAAUUACAAAACAGCCUAUUAGCUCCAUACAGCUGAGGCUUCUCACAGACUUUCAUUUUAUGGGAAAUAAAUUACUCAAAGUGCCCUGCGAACAUCUGAAGACAUUGGUUUUUAACUACACAGCAAAUAAAUGAUCCACACAGUCCCUGCUGGUUUUAUUGUGCUUACUCCCUUUAUGGGUUUAUAAAACAAAUACAGUAAAUAGCCUAUUGAAAAGAAAUAAAAAAAAAAAAAAAUUGUGUUGAGUAAGAGCCAUGCUAAAUUGUGACUUGUUUAAAAUAUUUAAAAUAUAGGCUCUUAGAUGUCUACAAGAAGACAAUUUAUUAAACCAGUUUUUGAUGUUGCCCUUUUCCACUAAAGAAAAUUAGGUCUCUUCCCCCCCCCCCCCCCCCCCCAACAAAAAAAAGUUAAUUAUAAAACAUUCAGUGAGUGAAUCUGCAAUGACCUUCAUAUCUGUACCCAAAAUCCAUAUAUUAUGUUAAAUAUAUUGCAAACCUGUGCAUCGUUUUGCCUGGAUCCUGUACCAGUCAUUUUUUUUUUUUUUUUUUUUUUAAUUUUAUGAUUUUUUUAUUUUUUUUUAAAGGAUGUGAGUAUUCCAGAAACAGGUGCAUGAUUAUGUGGUUUAGCCGGCAAGGUACAGUUCAAAAGGCUUUAAUUCAUAUACAAUGGACUAACGCUGUACUUUGCAAGAUAGUGUUUCUUUGUUAUAGCCAUUUUAUUUCUUCACUUAAUCCUAGAACUCACUGGAGGGUUUGCAAUUGGAAAGAUUUACAAAAGCUCAGGAGGUAACACGUUUUUUUUCUUGUCUUCUUCUGAACCAGUGCUGUUGUAUGCAAGAUGGGAACUCAUAAAAUAAACACUGCAGGCAGCCUGUGUUCACUGCAACAUAUCUGUUUGUGGCGAUGCUUGCCCCUCCAAAGGGCAUAUUAUAUUCUUACACUGAAGUACAUUGUAUGUGUUGUCUGUGUUUUAUUGUUGUAAAUAAACUGGUCCUGCAGAAAA